CUUUGGGGGAUCAAGCAGUUAAUAGUCAUCUCCCCCCUUCAUUACAUAACAUUAUAUAUAUAUACAAUAUGGAUAGCAGUAAAAGUAUCAAGGCAGAUGGAUUUCUUAUUGGCGUCACUGAAGAUAGAAACAAACGUUGUCGAAGGACUAUGGAGGAUGCUCAUACUGUUAUUACAGACUUCAAUGAUGUUGCCCGUCAAGGGUUUUUUGCUAUCUUUGAUGGACAUGCCGGUAAAGCUACAGCAGAAUGGUGUGGGAAUCACUUUCAUGAAACUUUAGCCGAAUGUCUGAAUAACCCCUCUUCAACUUCGGAAACCGUACCGGAAAUUUUAAAUAAGGCAUUCCUUCAAGUAGAUCAACAAGUUAAUGAAAAAGAAGGCAAGUUCUCUGGUUGUACAGCUAUUGUAGCAUAUGUUCAAGUCAAGGAUGAUCAACGUAUUCUUUAUACUGGAAAUGUUGGUGAUGCUCGUGCUGUACUUUGUCGCCAAGGAAAAGCUCAUCGAUUAUCUUAUGAUCACAAAGGUUCAGAUGCUCAAGAAGCCAAACGAAUUACAGAUUUAGGUGGAUUUAUGAUGAACAAUCGAGUUAAUGGUGUCCUUGCUGUGACACGGUCACUUGGAGAUAGCGUGAUGAAGGAAUUCGUAGUAGGCAAUCCAUAUACAACCGAAACACCAUUGGUGGAAGGGGAUGAUUUUAUGAUCUUGGCAUGUGAUGGGUUAUGGGAUGUAUGCGAAGAUCAAGCUGCUGUAGAUCUCAUCAAAGAUAUCAAGGAUCCUCAAGUGGCAAGUCAGAAAUUAUUAGAUCAUGCUUUGGCCAAUUUUAGUACAGACAAUCUUAGUGUCAUGGUGAUUCAUUUUUCUUGAUUUUUCUCUCUCUCUCUUUUUUUUUUUU